AUGCCCAAUGACCAGCACUAUACCGUGCUAUAUCAGAACUGGGAUAUCGCUGAUCGACGGUUCUGGAUCGCAUGGCACCAAGACUGUGGAAACGGUCGCACGGGUGGUUUGAAUCUGAAUCGACGAUGUCAACGGCAAAUGGGGACCAUCAUGAUACUAUUACCUCAGGGCCAAACGUCGCAGGUGAUAAACAAUAGGCUGAAGACGGAGAGUUUUGGACACCCUACGGAGUAG